UAACAUUUAAAAGCCAUGGCCUCCGAGGAAAUUAAACUAACAAAGAAUGUCCACAGCGAGGCUCUGAGCGCUCAAGUCUCAGACAAGAAGAAGGGAGGCAAAUUCCAGCCUUUUAAGAAGUUGUUUGGCAAAAAGAAAAAGAAGAACACCCUGCUGUCUGAGGAGUCAGCUGGGAGGCAGAGGCAGAGUCACGCUCCCUGGAGUGCUAGUGAUGGGACCUUGUCUUCGGAUGAGGAGACCCUGGAGAACAGUCUGAGGUCCUUCAACUUUUCUAUGGGAGUGCGGGCGUUCUCCCAUGACAGUAUUUUUAUCCCUGAUGGGGGAGCAGAAAAUGAGCAGACAGUUCAAGCAAUGUCACAGGACAACAUCCUGGGCAAAGUCAAAACUCUUCAGCGACAGUUGGGCAAGAAUAUCAAGUUUGGGCAGCGGCCGUCUAAUGCCAUUCCCAUGAAGAAGGCAGGCAGUGUUGACGCUAGCUCCGAUGAGGACUUCUUCCUGACCAGUCCCAUGGAAAUUGUGACUCAGCAGGACAUUGUCCUCUCAGACACAGAGAACAAAUCCAGUGAUACGCCAAGUUCCUCCAGCCCUCUGAAUCUACCUGAAGCCGGGAGUGAGAUGGAAGAGAAGGUUGCUCCAGUUAAACCCUCUCGGCCAAAAAGGCAAUUCUCUUCUGGUACCAUUGAAAGUGUCAACCUCGACGCCAUCCCCCUGGCCAUUGCUCGUCUGGACAACAGUGCUGCCAAGCACAAACUCUCGGUUAAGCCAAAAAACCAGAGGGUGUCACGGAAGCACAGGUGGCUUACCCAGGAUCGUCAGAAUGUGCCAGGCAGUUUCGAGAGUCAGUCCUCCCUGGACCUGAACGGACAACCCGGAGAAGACAAGCACAUUUGUCAUGAAGAGGAACCAGAACCUCUGGAUUCCCACGAAGACAAAAGACUCCAGGAAGAGUACUGGCAGGAACUGGAAGCCAAGUGCAAGCGGCAAAAAGCCGAAGCAGCUGAGAAGAGGCGCCUGGAAGAGCAGAAGCGGCAGGCGCUGGAGAGGAGGCUUUGGGAGGAGAACCUCCGACAGAAGCUGCUGGAGGAGGAGGAAGGCGAGGAGGAGGACCUCCAGCUAGAGGCGGGGAAGGCACCUCCAAGGCUGCGAUCGGGCCCGGAGAAGCAGGGAUGUGCAGAGCAAGAGCUGCGGGAAGCUGACGCCCCAGCAAGCCUGGAGUCAGAAGAGAGUAGGUGUGAGCAGGAAGAGGCCGAGACAAAGGAGGAGAAACUGAGGCAUCGGGAUGCCCAGAGGCAGGAAGAGGAACUGAUGCAACGCGAGGCCGAAAGGCAGGUGGAGAAAUUAAGGCAGGAAGAGGAACUGAAGCAGCUUGAGGCCCAGAAGCAGGAGGAGAAACUGAGGCAGCUGGAGGUCGAGAGUCAGGAAGAGGAGCUGAGGCAGCUUGAGGCCCAGAAGCAGGAGGAGAAACUGAGGCAGCUCGAGGCCGAGAGGCGGGAAGAGGAGCUAAGGCAGCUUGAGGCCCAGAAACAGGAGGAGAAACUGAGGCAGCUCGAGGCGGAGAGGCAGGAAGAAGAACUGAGGAAGCUGGAGGCCCAGAAGCAGGAGGAGAGACUGAGGCAGCUCGAGGCGGAGAGGCAGCAUGCUCAGGAAGAGGAGGAGGAGACCAGGAGGAUGCUGCAGGAGCUGAGGCAGGAGGAAGAGGAGGAGGUCAAGCUCGGAGAAGAGAUGAAAUGGCGGGCAAUGCAGGCACCGGGGCCGCAGGUGGACGAAGACCCCCAGGGUCCAGAAGAAGAGAGCCAGCCUCGGCUAUCCGACCACACUGAUCAAGGCCCACUGCAACGGGACCUUGAGAAUCCAGAGGAACAAGAAAACCUGGAGUCCGCGGGACAGAAGGAGAUGGCCCCAGAGCAGAAGGAAGAAGCCAGGACGCCCAGCGAGCCGGCAGAGCAGAGGGGAGACUUGAGCACAGAGUGCGGUGGUGUAGAUGUGGAAGGGAGAGAAGCCACUCAGAUGGACAUCCUCCUGCCGCAAGAGGAGCAGACGGGCGGAAAGCCGGCCUCGGAGGACAAGAACGAAGCUGUCGCUGCAGAUAACGACCGAAAGGUGGAGGAGCUCCGGUGGCAGGAGGUGGACGAGCGGCAGACCAUGCCCCGGCCCUACACGUUCCAGGUGACCUCUGGGGGUAAGCAGAUUCUCUUCCCCAAAGUCAACCUGAGUCCAGUGACACCCGCCAAGGACUCGAGCCUGGCCCCGGUGGCCCAGGAACCGCCGGUGCCCCGCGGUGCGGCCCCACACGCCCUGCCCUCAGCGCUGAGCAUCCCACACACAGCCAUUCUGGUCACCGGAGCGCAGCUCUGCGGCCCGGCGGUGAACCUGAGCCAGAUCAAGGACACGGCGUGCAAGUCCCUGCUGGGCCUGUCAGAAGAAAAGCGGCCGGCGGACGUCCCCGCGGUGGAGGCCAGGUCCAGCGGCAGCAAGGUCAGACCUCCGCCGGAGUCUCCGAGCAAUGCCGCCGCGCUAGCCGAGUGGGCUUGCAUUCGAUCCAGGAUCCUGAAGAACGCAGAGGGUGACCAGCGUGGUGACAGAGAGCCGGCCAGAGUCGGGGAUGAGCCCGCACCCCGAGCGCGGUGCGAUUCCCGAGGCAACGUGCGCAGGACGCCGCCAGCCAACGCCAAGUUCUCCAUCAUGCCGGCCUGGCAGAAAUUCUCAGACGGCGGCGGCGUGGAGACCUUCAGACAGAGCCUGGACGGUGAGAGCGGGAGGAAAAGGCCUGGGCCAGCACCGGGUGAAGAGACAGCACCCCAGCCUUCACCUGCAGCGGCUCCGGAGCCACCAGACACCACCGACGGAUGCAAAUUUGCCAAAGACCUUCCAUCUUUCCUCGUCCCGGGCCUGCCUUCUCCGCAGAAAGCUGCCCCCCGCACAGGAUCCACGGCCUCUUUGGACAGCGAGAGCACGAGUGACAUAGGAAAGUCAGACCUCGUGGUGCCAGGAAGUGAGGAAAAGGCCUCGCCCUUCGGAAUAAAACUGAGAAGGACCAACUACUCCUUGCGCUUCCACUGUGACCAGCAGGCAGAGCAGAAGAAGAAAAAGAGGCACAGCAGCACCGGAGACACCGUGGAUGGUGGCACUCCCGCAGCCGGGAGUGGCCCUGCAGAGAAAGAGCCGGAAGUGGUGGCCCUCAAGCCUGGCACAUCCCUUCCCCAGGAGAAAAAGCCCGUCCUAGCCCCUCGGAGGGACUCUGCCGAACGCCCUCCUAGCGGGGACUCUGUUGCUGUAGCCCAGCCGGGGCUACCACCAGCCGGUAGCCAGACCCCAGUUCCAGAGCAGGACAAGGCAGCAAGCAAAACACCACCAAUGCAGAAGCCAGCCCUGGCUCCCAAGCCUACGAGCCAGACUCCACCGUCAUCCCCACUCUCCAAACUGAGCAAACCCCAUUUAGUGGAGCUGCUCGCUAGGCGGGCUGGGAAGGUGGAUUCCGAGCUGGGCGAGACUCGCAAAGAAAGCAGUGAUAACCAGCUGCCCUCACCAUCACUGCCACAGGAGCCAAAGGGGCCGAAGAAGAAUGAGGAAGAGGUGCCAGAAAAGAAACCUGCUUCCCCGCCUCUGUCAGCCAGCCAGCAAGAGAGACCUUCCCUAACUCCUGAAACAGGUAGAAAAGAGAAGCCCAUGUUGCAGAGCAGGCAUUCUUUAGAUGGCUCCAAAUUAACAGAGAAAGUUGAAACUGCUCAGCCACUGUGGAUAACGUUGGCGCUGCAGAAACAAAAGGGGUUCCGUGAGCAGCAGGCAACUCGAGAGGAGAGGAAACAAGCCCGGGAGGCCAAACAAGCAGAGAAGCUCUCCAAAGAAACUGCCAGUGUCAGCCCACACCCUGGAAGCAGUCGAGGAAGCAGAGCUGGUUCCCUGCACAAGUCUGCCACCCCAGAAGAGAAGAAGCCCGAAACUGCAGUGUCCAGGCUCCAGCGCAGAGAACAGCUGAAAAAGGCCAACACUCUUCCCACAUCCGUGACGGUGGAGAUCUCAGACUCUGCGCCCGCAGCACCGCUGGUAAAAGAGGCCCCCAAGAGGUUCUCCACCCCGGAUGCUGCCCCAGUGUCCACAGAACCUGCCUGGCUGGCUUUGGCCAAAAGAAAAGCAAAGGCCUGGAGCGACUGCCCACAAAUCAUUAAGUAAACAGUGACUCUCACCCA